AUGCAUAAAGGAGGAGACGCUAUAAGACAUAUGGGAGAUGAUGAGUUCCCUGGAAAGCCCGCAUUCGGGUUCGGUGGUCGUGGUGGUCGCGGAGGUCGUCAUCAUCAUCCUCAUCAACACCACCAUCCGUAUGCAUUUGGGUUUGCUGGCCACCAUGGCCGUGGGAAAUUCCACCCACACCAUCAUAAACAUGGACAUGGCUAUACCAUUGAGCAUGAGCAUGGGUUUGAACAUGCUUCCAACUCAUGGACUAAACAUGACAGAUCAGGCCCCGGCCACCCUGGCUUCCACCCUCACCACAAACGAGGCGGACCAGGUCCCCAUUUCCACUCUCGGGGAAAGUUUCACCACCUAGGCCGAGGCGGGGCAGGACAUGGACGAGGCCCAGGAAAGACAAACGGAAAAGGAAAAGGAAAAGGAUUCCAUCAUGCUAAUACCUUGCACCACAUUCACCCUCUCAUGCGCGCACAUCAUCACCACCCACGAGACGCAGCCUGUUUCAUGCCUCCAGUGGACGUCUUCGUUACAACUACCCAGACUAUUGUGCAUGCGUCGCUCCCGGGAGCGCAAAAGUCGGAUCUGAGUGUUGGAUACGAUGCCUCGCGCUCUAUGCUUAGUAUCGCUGGUGUUGUGCAUCGGCCUGGGGUGGAUGAGGAAAUGCAUCGGGCUUUGUUGGUUGGAGAGAGAGGGCGUCAUUUGGGGGUGUUUGAGAGGGAGAUACCGGUCUCUCAUGGGGCGGUGGUUGACGGGGUGCAGGCUCGAUUGGAAGAUGGUGUUUUGAAGGUUGUAUUGCCUAGGGCUGAGGGUGAGGAUGUUCAACAUGAAGAUGAGGUGGAGGUGGAGAUGGUGAAUGCUGGCAGGGAGUUGUCGACUCCGGAUGGGUCUGAUACUGAAGGAGAGCAUGAAGGAGAACCUGAGGGUGAGGAUGAGGAGGCGGAGAAGGAAUUUGUUAAGGUGGAUAUUCAGUGA